UUUUUAUUAAUAUUAUUAUUAGAAAAUAAUAUUUGAAAAUGAGCGGGAUUCAAAUGUUUCCUAAGCUGAACUGCACAGCAUUAUACAGAUUAGAUUCGGUUAUCGGAGAUUUCUCCCACGUGGAGCACUUUCUCACCAGGGAGGAAAUUUGUGAGAUAAAAUCUGGUUGGGUGACAAUAGUUGGAGAGGAUACAGGGGGACAUGGAAUCAACAUAUUUCUCAGGAUGUUUAAACAUUACCCUGAGUUCAGAUCUCAAUACUUUGGUUUCCUGGCGACCUUGCGUGAAGAUGAACUAAGAAAAAGUCCACGUUUAAACUCCCACGCAUCAGGUGUUCUACUCGGGGUUACACAGAUUAUUAACGGAUUAGACAAUCAGUUAAUUGUGGAAGAUGUUGCUUCUAAAUUUGCAGUUUCCCAUUUCAAGCGAGGCGUGCGCGCCAAGAAUGUGCGAGUUCUCACCAAUAUUAUAGUCGAGUAUCUCCAGGAGACAGGAGGCUUGUCAGACCGUGCUAGUGGAGCCUUUAAGAAAAUGUUCGAUAAGUUCCUGGAGAUUAUUGAAAAAAAGCAGGAGGACCUAGAAGAUCAGGAGAGAAAGGAAAGAAGAACUAAACAGAUGAAAAAAAAUAUUAAACUAAUGGCCAUUGCUCUAAUUGUUCUAGGAGUUGAGAAGUCUGUUGAGUUCUUAACAGCGCUGUUAAACGGAACCAAUGGAAAAGCUGGACAAAACUGUGUCUGUGGUUAACAUCGCUGUCAAAAUAAAAUAACAAUGUGGUAAUGUUUGAAAAUAUUUAACAUCGACGUAAAGAUAUAUAUUUACACAUUUUACAGAUCGUUAAAACCUUUAAAGAAAUUAAUUAUUUUUGUUAGUACUUCCAUAUUGUAAAUACAUUGUGAAUAUAUACGCCGUAGUGUUUUAAAUUGUUUAAAGGGACUGUAAGCAAAUGAUUCCCCAACAGUACAUUUAAAAGCUUUGUUUGACCAAAUAUCAAUGUUUAUAAUUUUGAAAACUGAUUAGUUUCAAUAGUGGUUUCUACUUUCUAGUAAAUAGAACAUUUUCAUAAUGUGUUUUGGUUACCUGUCCAUUUGGUUUAAAAUUUAUCUUAUUGUUAUGGAACUAUGGUAAAAAUAAUAUAUAGACAUAGCAAUUUUUUAUAACCUUACUAUCAAAAAGAAAAUUAUUGCUAUACUUCUUUGUUAUCUUAGUAAAUAAACCUAUAAUCGACCGCAGCCACGUUAUGGUCCUCCAGUCCAGUUUUCCUCCUCCUUUUAAUUGG